GGAUUUGUAUUAGAAAGUGUCAAGAUGUCAUCCCGGAAGAAUCACUUGAGUUAUCUUGUUUUGUGCACAGGGACCACACAUUGUAACGUUUUAAAAGCCUGUGUUAUAAACUGGGCGUCUGGUAUGAGCCUGUUGCAUGGGAGGGUCCAACAAGAUACUAUAAAGUUGCAUUAUGGGAAGUGUAGGAUCCAGGCUUCUUGAAGUCUCACCCAUUUAGAGACUAAACAUCAGAAUAUAUCUGCAUCUGCUGCAUCAUUUUUGACAUGUUCCCAGCUUAAUGGAAAUGCAAUAAUAAACUGUUACUCAAAAAGUGUGCAGUAAAUCCCAGUUUUCUAUCAGCCAUAGAUUGUGUCCUUGUCUGACGUCCAUUUUCACUGCAUUUGGGAAAUACCAGUUCCAUUUACACCCUAGUAAUAACAUCUUCCUGUGUUAGUUCAUCUCCCGUGUUGAUCGUUUUUAGUAGCAGGGGGAUCCAAAUAGAUUUGACUUUGAAAUGAUCUACCUACAAAGUCAGCUAUCUAUAAUUGCGUUUUAUUUAUGCGCAGGUAUUAAUAUAUACGUGUGGGAGCAAGCGGUUGAAAUUAACAGAAAUGUCUGAACUGCAACAAAAGAUGUGAUCAAGUGUCCGGAGAAGAAACAGUGAAGUCAGUGUCGUCCUCAAAUGGCUUCUUAUUCUACCCUGACAGGUCAUGUCAGGACACGUUGGCAGACAGCCCGGUCGGGGAACGGACGAGUCUCCGUUUUAAACAACAUUCGAUAACACGUGGCUUUUUCUAGGCAACGCAUUGCUCGAGCAACCUCCUAAUAGUAAAAUAUUGUAUAUUUUUGCCAGAUUUCCUAAAUUGUUAGAGCACCGAGAGUCGCCGAGGAAUGACGUCAGGACGUAUCACAUUGAAUGAUGACGCCUAGAUCAUUAAAAAAAAAUCUGCCGUUAAAAAAAAUAUCAGAAUUAGGUCAGCAAGCUAACGCAGUACAACGGCCACCCGAUGACUGUGACUACCGUGUUUUGACUAUAACUUUAACAAAGGCGCGACUCGGGCACAACAUAACCUGAAAGAGGUGAGAGAUGUCCGGUGUUUCCAGCAUCUGCAGACGGAGACGUAGCCGAUAGACCGGUCCGUCUGUCUGUCUGUCUGCCCGUCUGUCUGCCUCCCUCCGCUGGGUUUUGGAGACCCGCAAGCCCCAAAAACGUAAACGCUAGCUAGCUACUGUACCGAGUACCGGCCCGGCUGCGGCUGAUGGUUCACCGGGAGAAGGAGAGACACCGACAGACUGAACCCGAAGCUCUCAGGGAAUCACUUCUCGCCUGGACCGCCUGGUAGCAACACAGUGCACGUUUCAGUAGUUCCAAAGUACGUAAAUCAAGGACUCUUGCAUGUGAACACAACCACGUAAGACAUGUGAGCCUCGACACUUCUGUCCCAGAUCUUCUUUACCGUGAGUAGAAGUAAACAGAGUGUGCUUUGACAAUGUCAAGCCGCCGGAAAUCGACCACACCUUGCAUGGUGCUGCCCUCUGAAGUGGUGGAGGAGAAAACAGAAAGGACAAAGGAGGAAGAGGCAGAGGAGGAGGAGGAGGAGGAGGAGGAGGAGGAGGAGGAGGAGGGAAAGGUUAAAGAGGGAGCAGAGGAGGGGCCGACUGCAGAGGAGCUGGAUCAGGCAGUAGUGGUCGUGCCCACCCCUCCAGAUACAGAUGAGCCCAGUGUCUCCACUGUAGAAGACAGCGAAGUCCUUGCUCCCUCCCUGAAGCGCAGCGCUACGAACCCUCCUGAGGAUCUGAGCAGUGACCAGGAGCAACAGUGUGAUACACCCGAAGAGGGAGGCGCAGACCCUGCAGCGAUUGCGGCCAUUUCCCUCAGCAAGACCCCCAUUAUGAGGAUGAAGACCAAAUCUGAACCCAAAAGGAUCGCUGUUUCCUUAAAAUCCACAGACGAGGCGGUUGAGGGUUUUGGAAGGGAUCGCAAGGGAGAGGUUGAGGGAGAUCAGGAGCCCAUCGAAGCUCCUCUCGGGCCAAUGACGCCCGUGGAGAUGCUGCUGCACGACGCCAUGAAGCUCGGGGGAGGCGGCUUGCUGGUCAGCCCGUACUCAGAGCAGCAGAGGAAAGCAGCCACUUUAAACCCCGCAGUUCUGCCUGCUGGCCUGGCACAGGUGCUUUCUGCUUUCCAGGCCCAGCAGAGUGCAGCAGCAGCAGCUCAGUCUCAGCUGAUGAUUCCCCUCAGCAGCAUACCAUCCUACAGUGCGGCUAUGGACACCAACCCCCUGCUGGGCAGCACAUACAAGAAGUUCCCUUACCCCUCCAUGGCCGAGAUCAGCAGCCUGGCAGCGCAGACACAGUUCACAGAGGAGCAGAUCAAGGUGUGGUUCUCAGCCCAGCGGCUGAAGCACGGCGUGAGCUGGACUCCUGAAGAAGUUGAGGAGGCCAGGAGGAAACAGUUUAACGGCACGGUGCACACCGUGCCUCAGACCAUCACCGUCAUACCGGCUCAUCAGCUCUCAGCCGCUGCCAACGGCCUGCAGUCCAUCCUUCAGACCUGCCAGAUAGUGGGCCAGCCCGGCCUGGUGUUCACACAGGUCGGCCCAGGGGGGCACCUUCCAGUGACCAGUCCCAUCACUCUGACAGUGGCAGGGCUGCCCAGCCAGUCCCAGAGCUCCAGCAGAGUUUCCUGCCAGCCCACCCCAACAAACAGUGAGCUGAAACGGGCUACCACCAUCCAGCCUCCCUCUCUAUCUCCACAGGAGAACUCGGCCCUCAGCGCUGACGCAUUCGGUUUGCGGCCCAAAAAGUCCAAAGAGCAGCUGGCGGAACUGAAAGCCAGCUACCUGAAGAACCACUUCGUCACUGACGCAGAAAUUUCCCGGCUGAUGAAUGUCACCAACCUCACAAAGGGAGAGAUCAAGAAAUGGUUCAGUGACACCAGGUACAACCAGCGCAACUCCAAGAACAGCCAUGUCAUUGUUUUCCAUGACGGAGGGGGCAGAGGAGGUGGCAGCUAUGGUAACAACAAUGCCAGCACCACCAUUAUUAUCGACUCAAGCGAUGAGACCCCCACAUCUCCCCAUCCUCCACGCACUCCGCCUGUGAAGGACAAGGAGACGCGGCCCAAAACAUGGAAUCCGUUCCCAGAUUUUACUCUGCAGAAGUUUAAGGAGAAGACUCCGGAGCAGCUGGUGGUGCUGGAGGAAAGUUUUGAGAAGAACAGCAUCCCAUCAGAUGAAGAACUGAGCCGCCUGAGGACAGAGACUAAACUGACCCGGAGGGAGAUUGAUGCCUGGUUCACUGAGAGACGAAAAAUGCCUUCUGCCAGUACUUCCUCCCCGGAUUCUUCAGAGGGAGGGAAGAUGGAGGCAGACGGAGCGAGAGGAGGAGGAGGAGGCAUUUCUUCUUAUCCUUCUGCCUCUUCUUCUCGUAAAGGUAGUCAGACACCUCCCGGCGGUCGCAGUAAGCAGCUGCCCACCAGCAGCAACAAAGACAUGAAAGAUAAGAGUAAAAAGACUCCAGAGCAGCUCCAUAUUCUCAAAAGUGCCUUUGUGCGGACCCAGUGGCCCACACCAGAAGAGUACGACCAGCUGGCCGAAGAGAGCGGCCUCCUUCGGUCCUACAUAGUCAGCUGGUUCGGGGACUCCCGGUACUCAUGGAAGAACAGUAACCUGAAAUGGUUCUUCCAGUACCAAAGUGGCAACGUCGAAGGGCCAAAUGGCGGAGGAGGCAAUAAAAUGGGAAGCAGCAGCAGCAGCACCGGUCGAAAAAGACGCGGCCGAAAUCGUGGGUGGGGGCGGUCCCGAACCAGAAGGCAGCCAAGAAGGUCCGCCUCCUCCAGUGCAGAUGUCGAUAGAUCUCCCCCGCCAAAGAAGUUCAAGACUGGGAGGGAGAUUCUGAAGGAGUACUACAUGAAGCACCAUUUCCUCAAUGAGCAAGACCUGGAUGAGCUCGUCACCAAGACCAACAUGAGCUACGAACAGGUGAGGGAGUGGUUUGCCGAGGUCCAGCGACGCUUGGACACGGGGGCCGAUCCCUUCGUGGAGGCGGCUGCAGGAAGGACGGAUGCAGGCGAAGCUGGAGAGGGAGCGGAGACGCAGGGAGAGGUGUCUGUGGCCAACGAGGAGCAGACCGGCACAGGAAUGGGAGACGAGGAUGACGAUGAAGGAGAUGAAGAGGAGGACGGCGGUGACGAUACGGACGACAGUGAGGUUUGGGAGCCGUCACGUAGCGUCAGGAAAUCCUUGACAGUCUCUGAAGACUAAUGAUUGUGGAAAACACGGUGAAACAUUACGGAAUGUUACAAGAGAAAUAGUGGUAUGAUCAAUGCUGGAAGACAGGUAGCUAAACCGAGUCUUUUUGCCGCUGAUUUCUACUCAUUUGCAACAAUAAUUCGCUGUAUUUUCAAACUAUUUCUCACAUCACGUCCACAUGAGACUAACAUAUGGACUAUUAGCUUUAGCUCACUCUCGCUAUACUUCUAUUAUUUACUGUAAGUAAUGUAUAACAGUUAAGACAAGAAUCAUGGUAAAGAAGGAAUUUUUCAAAAACCCUAAGAGACCUUGCUUUGAUAAAGCUAAAGAAAAAGUUACACAAUAUUUUGACAAAAGGAAUACCAUAAAGUGCAAUCUUCAAGCUGAAGAUGAAAUCUGUUGUGAUUAGA